AUGGAUAUUCAUAAUAUGAGUUCUUCACUUACUGAAAGUAAAAAUAAUUUAUUAAAAGGAGUUGGAAAUGCGGAAACUGCAAGAACGUUAUUAGAAUUAUUAAUGAACAAUAGCGAAGGUUUUAACUUUAAAGUUACUGUAAACGACAACAGGGAAUUUUAUGGGUCCUUAGAAUAUGUUGAUAAGUAUUACUUAUUUCUUACAAAAAGUGAGGAGCGAUACGUAGGCAAUCCACCAUAUGUAAGAAACUGCGGUGAUAUUUUAAUCCCAUUAAAAAUAACCAAGUCAAUUGAAAUUGAAAAGAGUUAUUUUGAUAAUUGUUAUGAAAAGUUGAAGAAUAUGUAA